GAGACCGAAAAGUGGACGAGUGAUAUGGUGAAGCCAUAUCAAGCUUUCAGACAAGAGUUUGGAAUGAUAGGGGAGAUAUUGGUGAGGGGAACUAAAUUUGUAGUUCCUAAAUGUUUGAGGACAAGGAUGAUGGAGCUGGCACAUGAAGGGCACCCUGGAGAAACAUCAAUGAAGAAACGCCUCCGAGAAAGAGUGUGGUGGCCCUCCAUGGAUGCAGAAAUCAUCAAGAUUGUCAAGAAGUGUGAAGGAUGUCGUUUGAUUGAAGUGCCAAGCCACCCAGAACCAAUGCAGAGGAAGAGGUUGCCAGAAGGACCGUGGAUAGAUUUGGCAAUAGAUUUUCUGGGGCCUCUACCGUCGGGGGAACAUAUUCUCGUUGUAGUAGAUUACUACAGCAGGUACAAGGAAAUCGAGAUUAUGCCCCGAAUCACCGCCAAAGAUACAGUAGCUCGGCUUGACAAAAUAUUCACCAGGCUCGGCUAUCCCCGCACAAUCACGUUGGAUAACGCUAAACAGUUUGUAAGCGCUGAAUUUCACGAAUAUUGCAAGAUCAAGGGAAUUGUCCUCAAUCACACCAUUCCCUAUUGGCCUCAGCAAAAUGGUGAGGUGGAGAGGCAGAAUAGGUCCUUGUUGAAAAGGAUAAGGAUCAGCCAUAGUCUCGACCGAAACUGGAAGAGGGAUUUACAUGACUAUCUGGUUAUGUACUACACAACUCCGCACAGUACUACGGGGAAGACCCCAACCGAGCUUCUUUACGGUAAAACUAUAAGGAGCAAAAUUCCCUCUUUGGGAGAUAUUGCAACAGCUCCUCCUGUUUCAGACUACAGGGAUCGUGAUCAAUUGUUGAAAGAGAAGGGGAAAGCGUGUGAGGAUGAGAAGAGACGAGCAAUGGUGUCAGACAUAGUAGUUGGGGACAAGAAUACAUUGUUAAACGGAAGACAGGAGCAUCAGUGGUGAUUGAGGAUUCGGACGGAG